CUGUUUUUAUUAUCUUCCCACCCCAUCUUUCCAAUUAACCAACCAAAUUUUCUUUGGAGAAAAUGGGCUCCAAACUGGACCCCUGGGCAAGGGAGCAGUGGAUGAGGGGAGACUGAUGCAAAGUGGGGGUACACUUGUAUUUUGGGGGUGCUUGCUUGUCGUGGGGAUUGGAUUGUUACGUUUCCUUGCGCGCGCGCGACGAGGGAAAAAGGAAGAGUGCCGUCAUGCCCGCCCGGUUGUUUCCAUUUCUGCGAGGUUUACCCCCGGGGGCGGAUUUCUGGUUUGUUUAGAGGGGUUUCGUGACUCUUCUUGGUUUAUUGUCAAGUUCUGGGUUUUUACUUUUUUUUUUCUGGGUUCUACAUACCACUUUCACCAGUUUGAAGGGCCAAUGUGUUUCCUACUGUACCUGUGUAAGACGAACAGAACGUUGGUAAAAUAAACAUUGGAAGCAUCGACACAUAGCCAUUGGGGUCUGCAACGACUGGAUUGCUUUAAACCGUUUCAAGGUGUCUAUUCUUCAAGAUAUCCCAGCCUCACCGCGACCAACCCGCAAUGUCUGCCUCGCCACCCCCAGCAUCUUACGAAUCCAUGGCAACUCCGCCAGAAGAGCGUCCUGCAAAACGCCAAAAGACCCUGGCAUGCGGAAGGUGUCGAAGGAGAAAGCAAAAAUGCGACGAACAGAGACCCUGUACAAACUGCAGCAAAUCAGGAGAGACGUGCCAUGAGGUUGUGCCUCGACUCGGUCUAGGCACCAUGCCAUAUACGCAAAUGGCACUGCCUUCUCCGGUUGACAUCUCAUCCCUCGAGGAGCGCGUCGCCAAGCUCGAAAAGGCGCAGAUACUGGCUCAGCAGUGGCAGCCUAACCAGAAGCCUACCAGGAAUCCAAGCCACAGCGGCUACUACAGAGGUGUGCCCUCCCCGGAUGGCACCUUCACCAGCACCAACAGCCCGCCCAACCACGGGGCGUCCCCGAGCGUGUACUCAUGCCACGGCUCACCCAAUGCUUCGAUGGGUGCGUUCCAGGCUCGUGCCGGAGGGUCUGGGCAACCCCUUCAGUUCUCAGGCUCCCCAAGCGGGUUUGCCGGUCAAGAUUACACCCAACGGCCUGGCAGCAGCUUGUCUGGAAGCGCCCCGGCGAUUGGUUUGCUGGCGACUUUUGCCAGGCCGGAUGGUAACAGAUAUCAUGGUAACCCCCAGCAGCAGCAGCAACCUCACCAGCUUACCAUGAACAUAGACCGAACAACAGAGAUGGGUCUGUUCGAAGUCUACCGCACCCGAAUCCACUCACGUUACGCAUUCCUGGAUCUCGAAAGCCUCAAAGACCCGCUGCAGAGAUCCCAAGAUCUCUGGGUGGGCUUCUUCACCAACAUGGUGUACAGCAUCGGCAUGCUGCUCAACGGCCAACAGAGCCACCUGGCCUUCUACAGGCUCGCCGUGACGCGCCACCUGAGCCACGUCUUUGCUCAACCUGACCGCAUCCUGCACGUCCAAGCACACUUGCUGCUGGCAAUGCACGCCCUGCACUCUCCGUCCACAGAGCGGCUGGUGAGCAUAGCGGGCGCAACUAUGCGCUACUGCGUGUUGGCUGGACUCCACGCUGCGGAAGAAGACGAAGCCAAAGAAAACGAGACUUUUGGGAACAGCUACCGGGCAGGCCACGGAGAUGACAAGAUCCAGCUUCGCCGUAGGGUCUUCUGGUCUGCAUAUGCCCUCGACCGUGUUGUCAGCACUACCUUUGACCUUCCACCAUCGGUAUCGGACGGCCACAUCACAGCGGAGUUGUACAAUGGUGAAGAAGAUACGGCUCUCAUGUACGUCAAGGGCUUGAGACUGCAGAGCAAAGCCUUGGGAUUCAGACUAUGCCAGCAGAGGAGCCUCGAGGAGGAGACGAAACUUUUGAAUGAGAUUCAGGACUGGGGUGAAUUGUGCAGGCAAAAGUUUCCAGCUGCAGAAUGGUUGCAACUUACAUACCAUGUCGGUUUGGCGACACUCUUCGGCAGCGAGCUUCAUCAAAAUGGCGCCAGCACUCCAAAUGUCAGCCAAGGCGACGACACCGUCGGCGAAGAUGGAAACUGCAAUAGCAUCACGGUCGCCGUGACACCCCAAAGCUCGGUUGGAAGCGCGGGUGAUGGUGAACACGACGGACCAGAUGCAACAGCCCCGACCGACCAAAAAUCGAACCUUGCGCUUGACAAGAUUCAAAUAACGCGGGAUAGCACCAGACAGGCAUGUCUUCUCUUCAGACAUCUCCAGCGAUCAACAGCCGCCGCCGGGAGUGAACGAUCAUGGCUGGCGCUGAUUGCCCAGUUCAAGUGUGGCGUGUCACUUCUGCACCGUAGUCAAGAGCCAGGAUCGAGGUCGCUCAGGGAGGAUGGCGACCUUGCACAGGCCAUCAGCGCGUGUAGCGCGUCGCUCUCGGCGCUUGCGAGGCACUGGCCGCAGAGCAGGUGUCUGAGUGACGUCUUCAGCCUGGUCCUGGGCGAAUCGCACUUUGGGGGCGGAAGCCACGAGUCCAGGGGCCAAUCGACAGGAAAACGGACCAGGGAUGGCCGGGACGAUCGGUCCAAGUCCGUCGCCGACUGGCUGCCGAUCCUCGAGUCGAUAGUAAUGCACCGACCGACGCUCAAGAUGAUCCGGAAACUGGCGGCAACCAGGAAAUCGCCACCGUCGCCUCGCUCUGGGUCGUACGUCAGCAACAGACGAAGCAGCAGCAGGGGCGCCGAUGAGGUCUCGACGGCAAACGUGCUGAAAUUGGAGACGCCCUCGAGCGUCAUGGGCGACGACGACGACGUCACCAGGGACGAGUCCCUGUUCGGGCUUGGUCUGGACGGAAGAGAAGAUGACGGAAUGUUCCGUGCCGCCUCGCCCACGUUUUUCCUGCCUGAUCCUCCACGGCCAGCCUCGGAGGUACCCGAGCGGGAUUAUCGGUUUGACUACCUGGACCUGGGGGGACCUGACGAGCCUAUUACCUGUUUUGGAGCAAGCCUCCAGAUAUGAAUGAAAAGAGAAAAGGACGCGACGAUAAAAUGAAUAAUAAUAACAAAGUAGAAAAGGUAGCGGGGUCAGAUGAUUUGAUAGUUGGGAUUAGGUGUUUUGGAAGAUUACCCACUUGUACAGACAUGGGAAUAGUGAGGAAACGAACAACUACAGAAGAAGAAUACUUACUAUUCUAGCAGUAAAAAAGGGAAGAGGAGAAAUACAGUUGAGACGAAUUGAUAACUCGCCAAGACUCCAAACAUUGGACACACUUUGCGGGUGCCGAGUCACGCCCGUCAAUGGUGUAACAGGAGCCUAGGUACUUGUGUGGUUGUAGAACCGAAAGGCAAAGGGGAGGAGGCAUGUGAUGUGAAAGCCAAGACGCUCGGAGGUCCGCAACUAUGAAUUGUCAUUAACUGCCAAGAAGUCAGUUAGUUAAUUGGAAGCUGCAAAGUGUUGAGAGGCAGCAUUAAGCGAGCUUAAAGAGGAGGAAUUUUGGAAGCCUGCUCAAGCGAUCAUCCCUUUGUGGCUGAGCGUCUCGAACAUUUCCGUGUACUGUCUGUCUGUACUGUACUGUACAGUAAAUUGUACGAAGUAAAGUAGGUAGGCAGCUCCAUGCUGAAAUGCAUCUGGUGGGGAAGCUUUCGGGUGUCCAAAAGGGCCUGGUAGGUAAAUUUUUUUAAGGUUUUAGUAACUGUCAUAUCAUCGAAC